UGCAAUCCACAUAUCCCGGUGGGAGGCCGACGCCGUCAAUGGCUGUGGAAGUCGUCCAGUUCCUGGUGAGGAAGUUUGUGGAUAACCUCGCGGAGGAGGCGGCGGCGGCGGCCACGGAGCUCCCUUUCAUCGCCCAGUUCAACACCGUGCGGGCCGAGCUGGAGAAGGCGGCGAUUUCUCCAGAUAACGCCGAUGAGCUCCGGGAAUGCCUCUACGAACUCACCGACUUGCUCGCUGAGUGCCGCAUGCUCACCAACCGCCCGAACCGACGACGGCGGUUCUUCAUGCAGCCCGACGCAUGGCGGUUCUCCAAGACCAACAAGAGGGUGGCCGCGGUCAGGCGCAGAGUCCUCCAGUGCGUCGGAAACGACUCCGGUGGCGAUACUGCGGCGUCGCAGGAGGACGGCGCCGCCGCCGCCACGGGGUUGGACCGCUGGACGACGGCUUGGCUCGACCGCAGCAGGAUCCACGGAUUCGACCAGCAGCUCAUGGAGCUGGAGUCCAUGGCGUUCAGGGACUGCGGCGUGGGGAGGCUUGCCGGCGUCGGCAUCGUCGGCAUGGGCGGCAUCGGGAAGACCGCGCUCGCGCAGCUCCUGUUCAGCAGCCCGCGCGCUAGAGGACGCUUCUUCCCCAGGAUCUGGAUGUGCAUGUCGCGCACCGUCUGUGCUGGAGCAGACAGGCGCAGGGAAGUUUUGCAGGGCAUCCUCAUGGCUCUUGGACACGAGGAGGAUGCCAUCCUGUCCAUGGAUGGCAGCAAUAGCCUGGCGGAGCUGGUGAUCGCCGUCCAUGAGCAGCUCAAGGGGAAGAGGUAUCUUAUAGUGUUCGACGACGUGUGGCACGUCGACGACUGGUACGCCGACGUUGUUGGCGCUGGCGGCCAGAACACGCCGCAGAGAGCUGACGACUGGUCAGAACGCCUCGCGUUCGGGCUGCCCAAAGAGAGAGGCGGCCUGGUGGUCGUCACCAGCCGGCUGAAGCAGGCUGCAGAGACGAUGGUGGGGAAGAGCUGUCUGCACCAUGUGCAGCCAUUGAGCGACAGCGAGAGCUGCUGGGCAAUUUUCACGGACGCCCUCUCCCAGGCGAAAGGGACAGUCGAUCUCCCCACCGUUGACAGCAUGAAACAGGAGAUCCUUAAAACCUGCGGCGGGCUCCCAUCGGCGGCUAAGACAAUGGGAGACAUUUUUGCAAGCAGCAGUAUCCUGUCGCCAGCAACAUCUACUAGCCAGGAAAUUAGCAAGAGUGGCCACAUCAUCACUGGUAACAAUGGAAGUCUGAAAUAGGCAACGCAUCUGUAUAGUAGAUCCA